GAAAUAGCAGCAGUGACAGGAGACUUAGCUCAGUGUUAAACAUCCACCGUGUGGCUCUGCCGGGCUCUGAGAUGACAAUAGGGAGCAUGGAGAACGUGGAGGUGUUCACUUCUGAGGGCAAGGGCAGGGGUCUGAAGGCCACAAAGGAGUUCUGGGCUGCGGACAUCAUCUUCGCCGAGCGGGCUUACUCUGCAGUGGUUUUCGACAGCCUCGUCAACUUUGUGUGCCACACCUGCUUCAAGAGGCAGGAGAAGCUCCACCGCUGCGGGCAGUGCAAGUUUGCCCACUACUGUGACCGAACCUGCCAGAAGGACGCUUGGUUGAACCACAAGAACGAGUGUUCGGCCAUCAAGAGAUAUGGGAAGGUGCCCAAUGAGAACAUCAGGCUGGCGGCGCGCAUCAUGUGGCGGGUGGAGAGAGAGGGCACGGGGCUCACGGAAGGCUGCCUGGUCUCCGUGGACGACUUGCAGAACCACGUGGAUCACUUCGGGGAGGAGGAGCAGAAGGAGCUGCGGGCGGACGUGGACACGUUCUUGCAGUACUGGCCGCCGCAGAGCCAGCAUUUCAGCAUGCAGUACAUCUCGCACAUCUUUGGAGUGAUCAACUGCAAUGGUUUCACUCUUAGUGAUCAGAGAGGCCUGCAGGCUGUGGGUGUGGGCAUCUUCCCCAACCUGGCCCUGGUGAACCAUGACUGCUGGCCCAACUGCACCGUCAUAUUUAACAAUGGCAAUCAUGAGGCAGUGAAAUCCAUGUUUCACACCCAGAUGAGAAUUGAGCUCCGGGCCCUGGGCAAGAUCUCGGAAGGGGAGGAGCUCACGGUGUCCUAUAUCGACUUCCUCAACGUCAGCGAGGAGCGCAGGCGGCAGCUGAAGAAGCAGUACUACUUCGACUGCACCUGCGAGCACUGUCAGAAAGGGCUGAAGGACGACCUCUUCCUGGGGGUGAAGGACAACCCCAAGCCCUCUCAAGAAGUGGUGAAGGAGAUGACAGAGUUCUGCAAGGAUACACUGGAAAAAAUAGACAAGGCACGCAGUGAGGGUUUGUAUCAUGAGGUUGUGAAGUUAUGCCGGGAGUGCCUGCAGAAGCAGGAGCCAGUGUUUGCCGACACCAACCUCUACACACUGCGGAUGCUAAGCAUUGUGUCUGAGGUCCUGUCCUACCUCCAGGCCUUUGGGGAGGCUGCGGACUACGCCAAGAGGAUGGUGGAUGGCUAUAUGAAGCUCUACCACCCCAAUAAUGCCCAACUGGGCAUGGCUGUGAUGCGGGCAGGGCUGACCAACUGGCACGCUGGCAACAUUGAAGUGGGGCACGGGAUGAUCUGCAAAGCCUACGCCAUUCUCCUGGUGACACACGGACCCUCCCACCCCAUCACCAAGGACUUAGAGGCCAUGCGGGUGCAGACGGAGAUGGAGCUGCGCAUGUUCCGCCAGAACGAGUUCAUGUACUACAAGAUGCGCGAGGCUGCCCUCAACAACCAGCCCAUGCAGGUCAUGGCCGAGCCCAGCAACGAGCCAGCCCCGGCUCUGUUCCAUAAGAAGCAAUAAGGACCCUCCAGGUUGAGGCUGGGGGGCAACAUGGCUGGGGAACUGAGGAGCGAUUCUGGAGGUGGUGGGUCUUUGGGAAGACCCUUGAUGAAGAAGUCAGGGUGACAUGCAAUCUUCUUGCUGUGAGAGUGUCUUGUCUUGUGUUCCCAUUGUCAUUUUGGUUCAGUUCAAUUCAUUUCCAUGUAAUGUACCUCUCUCAAUCCAGCCCAGCUCCUCCUACAGAUAUUCAUUGGAUGCUAGACCCUAACAUCCAACAAAGGGUGCUCUGAAUGUAGUGGGGUAGCGAGGCAAACUGUCAACAAUGAAAGCACCAGGUAAUAAAUGCAGUGGCAAGUUAUAUUGGAGAGAGAGGGGCUGGCCAAGAAUAUGUGAGUCUGUUGUGUGCGUGUGAGUGGCGUGGAGUGGCGUGGAGAGGAAGACGUCAGAGCUGAGGAUGGCAGGUGUGUGUGUGUCCUCACGCGGCUUCUCCCAUGUGUGCAGGUGCCUCUCAGGCUGCUGGUCUUGCCCAUGGUCUGAGAUAUUCAGGAUUUUGCUGCCUACAAUGGCAAUGUCCAGUGUCCUCACGUUAGUGUGACAUUAUGAAGAAGUACUGUGUUUGGGCCAGUUGGGUUCUAUUCAGAGAACCAAGACCUCUGCAGAGUGUUGCAUAUGCAGAAAGAGCCGAGGGCCUUGCCCAGAACACCUGAGGCCUGCAUUCGAAGUCUGGGUUCCAAGUCUACUCCUAGAAGACAGAGAAAGGGGACACCUCCCUUCCUCACCCUCACGUGGAUCCUUGUGACUCCCUGGGAUGUGGACGACGUCUGAGAGUUCUCUGGCCGUGGGCCUAGUAGGGUUGCAGAGGUCUUUCCAGGGGUGAAGCUGGGCGGAAACACACGCACCUGCUGACCAUGGCUCUAGAGGGUUGGCCUGUGGGGGUUUUAUUGGGUGACAUGGGCCUGGGUGUUGCUGGCCAGCUUGGGCUUCAUCCCUGGCCCGUGGCAGCUCCAUCCUCAGAACUGAAUUGUUACUGCUUCCUUGCCUAUGCGAUUCUCACAUAUUAGAUGUGACCAAUUUAUCCUCAUUGCCUUGGGGACUCUUGUUGAUGUUUUGGGGGGUCCUUGAGCCAGUCACUAGCACACAGCCUGGGACCACCACUGAUCCCAGAGCUCCAAGUCGCAUGAUCCCAUCUGGCCUCGUGUUUGUUAUCGCUGCUGAAAAUGUGUGUCCCUCCCUCCCUACCCUUGUGUCCCCAGAAUGGCCCACCGCCUCCCUCUGCACCCUGCCCCGUGGCUGAAAACUCUUCCAGUGGGCCCCCUCUUGGCAGAAUGCCUGUCCCUGACAUUUGAUUCUUCUGUGAGGUCACUCUCUAGAAGGUUUUACAGGAAGACUGGCAGUUCUAAGCGUCCUGAUAGCCCUGGGUUCUCCCAGAAACUCACCUGGCACAUUCACACAGUCACUUUCCACCCUCAUGAAACACACCGCCCCUCCCCAGACCUCUCCUCUGUCAUUGCUGUCUGUUAGUCCACUGCUCAUCCCUCCCUACUUAGGGUCUUUUUCCCAUCCCAUCUUUCUACAUUGUGUAAGGAACUGUUCUGUGUCUGUGCUUCUGCUCCCUUCCUCCCCCCUGAGCCCAGAGGAAUGAGGGUCCCUCUCCCCAUGCUCUGGGCCUCUUCUCCUGUGUCCUCAAAACCUUGCUCCGUCUCCUAUUCCUCCUCUAUCCCAGAUCUCUGAUGUUUGUCCUGCUGCUGGCCUUUGAUGGAGUCAGUAAGCACACUGAGGACUCUGGGUGAACACCUUCACAGCUGAGGUUUUUUUUUCAAGAUUUAUUUAUUUGAGAGUCAAAGUUACAGAGAGUGAGAGAGGCAGAGAGAGAGAGAGGUCUUCCAUCUGCUGGUUCACUCCCCAAAUGUCCGGGGCUGGGCUGAUCUGAAGCCAGGAGCCAGGAGCUUCUUCUGGAUCUCCCACAUGGGUGCAGGGGCCCAAGGACGUGGGCCAUCUUCUGCUGAUUUCCCAGGCCAUAGCAGAGAGCUGGAUCGGAAGUGGAACAGCCAGGACUUGAACGAGCGCCCAUACGCGAUGCUGGUGCUGCAGGCAGAGGCUUAACCUACCAAGCUACAGCAGCCCCAGAUGAGUAUUUUCGUUAGUUAUGUAAUUAUUCUGUGCCCUUCUUCACUUCUCAUUUCUUCCUGAACCCAUGGCACACAGGCUGCCACUCCUGCUCCUCCCCUAACUGACUCUUUCUGAGAUGGACUCUGCUUGCCCCUUUUCAGUCCUGCCUUGCCACAUCAACUGGCACCCUCAGCCCUCGAUUUCUGUGACCCUACUUCCUUGGGAUGGGCCUCUCCUAUGGCUUCUCUGCUUCCUUCAUGCACGCAGUUUCUCUACCUGCCUGUGAUACAUUGGCACCUCCUGGAGCUUUGCCCUUGAUCCGCGCUCCUCUGACACUGCACACACUCUGCACACCUUAGGCUGGCCCUUGCUUGAUGAGCACCUUGAAGCCAUUGAUCUCCAAAUCUGUACUCCCCAACCUCGCACUUGAGCGCUAGCCUCACACCUUCCCAGGUGUUCUCCAGGCACAUCAAACCCCUCAUGUCCAAAGUGAAACUUUCUCUUCCCUUUCUCCUGUCCCCUGACAUGUGGUUCUCCUCAGAACACCACCCGAGAACAUCACCUCCAUCAGAUUGUGAGCUCCUGGAGGGCGGGAGCUGUGUGCCCCUGCUCAUCUUUCUGUCCCCAGCACCCAGCACGGAUGCUGGAACGUGGCAGGUGCUCCGUAGAUGUGUGUUAACUGAAUGGAUGAAUGAUUUUCCUUAUUUCAGCGCAGAGCCAGGAAACUGCGUAUUUUGCGUUUUAUGUUAUAACAGUUAAAAAAGCCCAUUAAACCCUCUGUGUUCCCAAGCAAA